UUGACGCCGAAGGACUUUGACCCCCGGAUUGUUGCAGUGUAAGUGUAAGUGGUUUUUCUCGGUCGCUGCCUGCGAGGCAAGGACAGAUGCGACGACACCUCUCCUGGUCCACUGCCACCGGUAUCCACUGAAUCCGAUGUUUUCCUUGAGCGCCCUGUCAGAAUUGGUGUUGCCUCAGAAGGCACUUUCGGACGCCGAGUAGAUACUGGCGAUUCUGUAGGAGACAGUUGGAUUGUCAAUUUCGGUAUCACAUCGGCCCGGGGCGUUGUCAGACCAUUCCUUGGACUUGGAGACCAACUGUCCGUCAAGGGACGAGAAGUUGUUGAAACUUCUGAAUCAGAGUUAUCCUGACAUUUGUCUGCUGGGGAAUUGGAAUCUGUACAGGGACAUGAAUGUCAUCAGCUUCAUAUCGCAGGGUCCGAAACUCACUAUUUUGCCGUGCAUCGGUAUCAACUGUGGCUUUCCUGAGAUACUCGUGUUGGUUGUUCUUAUCCAGGUGCUAAAUUACCCAUUAGCCACAGAUCCUAUCACAAUGGGAAACGCCUAUACCCUAGACCACCAACGGUCGUAUUCGCGUGCUGCGUUUGCGACAUCUUGGUGUUCGGACGUCACCUCCUUACCACCGACUCCCUUCGAUUCAGACUUUUUGUUAAGCCCACGGUCUUUAGGGGCGAAACCGAGCCCAUUCUGCUGGGACUUGGGUUGCUUUCGAGAGGUCUUCUUGACCAUGAAGGAACUACUAAUGUGUUUAUCAAUACAACGAGUGUCUUGCGGUGGAACUAUGCUGACCCACCACCAACCCCUCGCCGCAGGCUAUGUAUCCAGUCGUUUAAGUCUGGGCUGGCAUGAAGCUCUGCUGGUUGACCUAAUGUAGCUGUUGGAGAUGUAUCGGCAACGGAGAAAGCAUCGCAUUGAAGCGCAAGCU